CCCAGCUGCAACUGCUCGGCGCUGCCCCCCCGGGCCGUGAAGGUGGUGGCCGUGGGUGGCGCCGCCUUCCACAGCACCCUCCUGCGCUGCUUCGUCCGGCACCUGGGCGCCAAGAGCCCCGAGUGGCUGGGCUACCUCCGCUUCCUCCUCGUGCCCCUCGGCACCCACCCCGUGGCGCAGUACCUGGGCUCCGUGGACGGGCGCUAUGGGGCCGCCUUCCUCGAGCCCUGCUGGCGGGAGCUGUUCGGGCGCAGCGAGCCCCCCCCCGCCGAGCCCUUCAGCGUGGCGGGGCGGAUCCUGGCGUACGUGGCGGGCGCGGGGGCCACCCACCUGCUGCCGGUGGCCGAGGCCAUGCUCACCUGCAAGCACAAGUUCCCGGACGAGGACUCCUGCCAGAAGUUUGUGCCCUUCGUGGGGGUGGUGAAGGUGGGGCUCGUGGAGGACCCCCCCCCGGCUCCGGGUGACGGGGACGAGGUGCCCACCCUGAGCCUGGCCGUCCCCUCCACCUCCCCCCCGGGGGGGGCCGGGGUGCCCCGCGAGGCCGCCGCCACCCCCCCGGCGUCCCCCUCCAUGGCCGCCGCCGGCACCCCAGGCGCCUCGGGGGACGCGCUGGGGCUGCAGGUGGAUUACUGGGGGGCACCCAUGGGUGCCGAGCGGCGGCGCGAGGGGGAGCGGCGCGAGGGGGGGGCCAAGACCAGCCUGCGCGGGACCUUCCGCUCCCUCCACGUCUCCCGCCUGCCCGGCCCCGGGGACCCCCCCGGCAGCACCCUGGCCAUGACCCUCGUCACCCGCGAGAAGAACAAGAAGGUGCCCACCCUGUUCCUGAGCAAGCGCCCGCGGGAGCCCGACUCCAAGAGCCUGGUGGUGGAGGGCAUCACCCGCCUGAUCUGCUCCCCCCGGCAGCCCCCUGCCCUGCUCACCGUGACGGUGGACGGCACCCAGUGGGACGACAUCAAGUUCUUCCAGCUGGCGGCGCAGUGGCCGUCCCACGUCAAGCACUUCCCCAUCGGCCUCUUCGGCGCCAAAGCCCCCUGAGGCCCCACCCCUGGGUGCCCCCCACCCCUGGGUGCCCCCCACCCAUGGCUGCCUCCGCCGGCAGGCGGGGGAUCCCCCUGCGGGGAUGCCUGUUGCUUCUGCAGCGUCGCUCUGCCGCCCGCCCCCGGGCACCCGUGGGUGCUGGGACCCCCCGCAAGCGCCAGUGCCACCCACCCCCAGCACCCUUGGGUGUCGGGGACCGCCUGAGUGCCAUUCACUCCAAGAGCACCCGUGGGUGCUGCCCCCCUCCCCAGCGCCACUGCCACCCACCCUGCGAGCACCCGUGGGUGCUGGGGACCCCCCCCCUCCCCAGUGCCAGCCACUCCACGAGCACCCAUGGGUGCUGGGGACCCCCCCCCCAGUGCCAGCCACUCCACGAGCACCCAUGGGUGCUGGGGACCCCCCCCCAGUGCCAGCCACUCCACGAGCACCCAUGGGUGCUGGGGACCCCCCCCCCAGUGCCAGCCACUCCAAGAGCACCUGUGGGUGCUGGGACCACCCCCACCCUGCCAGCACCCGUGGGUGCUUGAGCCGCCCCCCCCAGCACCCACACCACCCACCCCCACGAGCACCCGUGGGUGCUGGGACCUGCGCCCCCCCCGCCCCCCAUCGCAGGGGCCUGGCACCCGUCCAAGUGCCAAACCUGGGUGGGGACCCCGACCCCCCCCCCCGCCUCGCACCCCCCCCCCCGCCCCACCCGUCCUCGUGCCAAAGGAGGGGGAGGGGAGCCAGCACCCCGCCCACCCCCAGCUUGGGCCCAGCACCCCUCCCCCACCCUCCCCAGGCCACCCUUGGGUGCGGGGGGGGGGGAGGGGGCGUCGCUCGUGGGAGCCAAUAAACGAUUGUGGGAACGUG